AUGGCUUGGUGGGACAGUUCCGCGCCCGGCUACAUCGAGAAUCUCAUGCCAACCUACAUAAAAGAGAUCUGCGAGUUCCGAUCAGAAGUCGAGUGUCAGAUUGAUAUCUUGGUCAACUAUCCGGGCCAUCAGCAAUUAGUGAGCGAGAAACUCAUUCGGACUGCUCGAUCCAUGCGCAAGAUCAAAACAUUGGCAUCUGAUAUCUCGGUGUAUCUGCCGAGUCACGAAUUCGUUGCUGCUGCACGCCCUGGGUUCUACCAGACGACUUUUCCUCGAGUUUGUGAUUUUAUCGAGCAAACUAUGAUUGAGCUUAGCAAGGCUCUGGUGGAUUAUCCGGAGUGUGACGAGGAUGUUGCCUCUCAGCUUCAGGAUUUGUUGAAUACUAUGUAG